AUGUGCCAUCCAGCCGCCCUCACCUCCACGCCCCUCCUUCAACCCCUUCCUCAGGCGAACGAACUACAAGAAGACGACGAUUUGAUAAAGGAAGAACUGCCCAACCGACUGACCAGCAUCAUCUACAAAAAAAGAAAAAGCAAAAAUAAAAAAAAGUACAUCCUGAGUAAUGAAAAACACGUGAUAUUACCUUCGCACAGAAUUUCAAAUGAAUACAAAAAUUACACGAACCCGAUUGACUAUAACUACGAGGAGAUGCACGUCUACAUGGAAGUGAACACUGGCAGUGUGAAUGAAAAGAAGAACCAGCAGGGGAUAAGUCACCUCUGCGAGCAUGUCUCCUACAUGGGUUCCAAAAAUCGGAAAAACAUCAUCGACAAGAAUAUCCGCACGAACGCCUACACCGAUUUCCACCACAUCGUCUUUUACAUAAGCGUGAGCCUGAACAAGGAGCUCUACAAAGAGAACUCCCUGAGCCACUUCCAGCACGACCAUAUUAUUAAAACCGUUAGGGAGGACCAAAUUGAAAAUUACGACAUCUACACAGUAGACGAAUUUAACUACAAGCAUGCCAUCCUGUCCAAGUGCAUUGACACCAUGGUGGAGGUCCUAAAAGGAGAAACUCAAUUCAACAGGGAACGAAUUGUCAAGGAGAAGAAGGCCAUCUUUUCAGAGUACAGCAUUAUCAACACGGUGGAGUACAAAAUGAACUCGGACAUUAUUAAAACGCUCCACAAGGAAAACAGACUGAGCCACCGACUGCCCAUCGGCAAGCUGGAGCUGCUGAAGAGGUACGAGCCAAAGGACAUCAAAAAAUACUUCGACCUCUUCUUCAGAACGGAAAAUGUCAACCUGUUCAUCUACGGAGAUGUCAACGUGGACAUAGCGCGCAAGUUGGUAAGCGAAAAAUUUCAAAACGUGAAGAAGGAGGAACUGACACCGGAGGAUAUGAAGUACCUGGCCAUCCUGAAUGACAACACGUUGCGGUCGAGAAAUAAAAACUUACCCGCAAUUGUACACAUGUAUGGCAGUGACUGCUCAGGAAAGGGCCACCCGGAAAGUGGCCCCUUAAAUGGAUCAGCAGAUGAAAUGGGUGAAGUGUGUGGGGAGGAGCCCAUCAUAGGAGGCGCCGACACAGGAAAGGAAAAGAUACACACAGGUAGGGAUGGCACACCUGGCGAUAAGAAGGACACUUCUGAAGAGGUCCACAAGGGUUCCGCCACUCCCCCCCCGAGCGGCGAACGCUCAGAUGACGAACGCUCAGAUGACGAACGCCCAGAUGAUGAACUCCCCAAUGACGAACUCCCCAAUGACGAACUCCCCAGUGACGAACUCCCCAGUGACGAACGCCCUGAUGAGGAACGCCCUGAUGAGGAACGCCCUGAUGACAACAUCGCCGACGCGCACAAACUCAACGAACUGCGAAGCACGCUUCAAAACGAAGCCCUGAGCGAGCUGAAGUUCAGGGCCUACCUCAGCGAAAAGUACCAACCGAAAUUGGAAGAAGAAAAAACUCUGAACAAGUCAGGCAAAAAAGAAAACCCCAACCUGACAACAGAUUUUGAAAUUAUAAAAUAUUCUUUAAAUAAUGUCAACAUAAAUAUACUGAUGAAGGAGGAAAUAAAAAGCAUUCGCACGAUGGAGGAUUACAAAACGUAUGUCAUGAAGGACGUUAUGUUUUAUUGCCUGUCCUUCCGAUUUAACGUGUACAAGCGUGAUUUAUUUAACGGCAUCGAUAUUAAUGAGUACACGAAUAUUAACGAGGGGGCCACCAUCAGGACGGUGGAAAUAAAGACGACGACAAAAUCGUUCGCAGAGGCUGUGACAGCUUUUUACAACUUCAUUAAGGGUUUGCUAGCCCAUGGGUUUAGCAACGACGAGUUACAAAAUUAUCGGGCCAACGAGAUUGAGUACGACGAUGCGGGGGGAGGUAGCGGCGGUGGCGAAGGCGAUUGCAGCUCCUCCAGCGGGGCAGGCACAAAGCAGAUGAAGCUGGUGCACCCAGAAAAGGAAGAGGAGGAACAAAUUUUGGAAACCAGAAUGAACGAAAUGUACACAGACGAAAUACAAAAAAUUAUCGACUACAAUUCUUGCAAACAUGUGUACCUGAAUGAGAAGAGGGAAAAAAAACUCAAGCAGGAAAUUUUUGAUAAUUUAAAAAUAGAACAAAUUAAUUCCUUUGCCAAAAAUUAUUUUCAGUAUUUGUUUAACAUAUUCAAGGGAAACACCAAUUUUAAGCCCAACUGUGUUAUCAUCCACGUCCCCAAAGUAGACUUCACAUCCUUCCGCGAGGAUGACGUGAAGAGGCUGUUCCUAGACAACAUCAAUUCGGUGUCCGACGUCCCCAACUUUUCCCUAAGCUUUCAGAACACGUUACUCUCACAGAGAUAUUUGUAUGAGCAUAUCACAACCAAAUUGCACAUGGCUAGGUACGUGCAGCCCGGGGCGGGGGACCCACCCAGGAGAGACAUAUUCGCGGGCAUCCUUCGCAAGAUUGACCAGAUCAAGAGGGACCGGCAGCCCUUCCCGUGCGUCCUCCCAGGUGUGGAAACGCAGACUAAGAUUAACCCGAUUGGCACGAUUUGCACGAUUGACCCGAUUGGCACGCCUGGCACGCCUGGCACGCCGACCAAUAUGGACACCGCGCCCAAUUUGCCCCUCUUCCGCGCGUGCUACGGCAUGGAUGGGGAGGACGACCUGCAAACCCCCCAGGCCACACACCUGAGGCACCCCGCGCGGGGAAAGAAGAACACCAAACUGGACCAAGUGCCCAGCGAAUUAAUCAUGGGAGCAACCGCGGACAGACUCAACCUGAAAAGAUAUGUGGCGGCGGAGAAAAGCCAAAGAGAAGUUGAAAACUACCAACUGGCAAACGGGAUCAAAGUGAACAUUUACAAAACACAAAUAGACAAAAAAAACAUCUACCUGAGGUUAAUCAUACCGCAUAAUGACAUCCUGAAAAAAAAAAAAAAAAACGUGUUCCCCUUAUUAUUCUCAGUUAUAUGCCUCUUCGAGGGGGGAGAAAUUGAAAGCAUCAGUCGAGAAAACGUCGAAAUUCAUUGCAGCAAUAGAAGCAUUAAUAUAUGCAUUGACAUUAAUGACGAAUAUUUUUUUAUAGAUAUUUAUACGUAUAAUAAACACGAAAAUGUCAACUCUGCCUUUUCCAUACUUAACAACAUUUUGCUGCAAACGCGCCUUGAGGAGGCUGCUCUCAAGAGGGUCGUGGACAAACUCCGGAAGGACUUCUACGAGUAUAAGAACAAUCUCCAGUCCUUCCUGCUGGGCCAAACCCUCUCGUACCUGUCCGACGGCGCGCUGGGCUACCAAAACUUCGACCUGCGAGAAGCCGAAGAAAUGUCCCUGGAGACGGUGCAGAAGGUGCUAAGGCACCUCUUUAGCGACCCCUCCCUGUUUGAGCUCACCAUUGUAGGAGACACAUCCGAUUUCGUUCACUACUACGUGCUGCACUACAUUGGGACGCUUCCACUUAGAAGAGAGGCGUCCACCAAUGGAAAAGAAACAAUAGUGAAUGGAGUAGCAACCACCCAACGAAUGAAUCUCCAUGGUGAUGAAAAGAACCCACAGCAAAACGACACACCCAUCGGAAGGGACCCCCUAAAGGAGGAGUACUCCCUGCUGUGCCCACUUCAAAACUUCGAACAGAAAAUAAAGGAAGCCACCUACGUCUAUUUAAACGAAAAAGAAGAUCACGCCGUUUUCCUCCUCAUCGGAAAGAGUGCCAACCACUUUGGCUUCCUCUCCAAUGGGGUGCACAUAUCGCUAUACCUACUACAGUUUUUAAAAAAGGUUCUCCAUCACAAAAUGGAAGAUGAGCAUGUCGAAAAAAACAUCACAAGUGAGGGAUUCACCCAACUUGUAAAUCACAUCAACGUGGAAAAAUACAAAAAGGAAGAUAUCACCGAAUUAAUUACAAGAAAAAAAAAAUUAUAUACCAACCCGAUAUUCUUCAACGCAGUAUCUUACAUCAUUCAGUACAUCCUGAACAGUAAAUUAUUUCACUAUUUGCGAGAAAAAAAAGAAUUAACUUAUGAUUCUUCCUUUGAAUUUAUAAAUUAUGAAAAAUAUUUUGCAGGUUUUUUUACCUUGCUUGUUCAGACAAAUCCGAAAGAUUUAAAAAUUAUAAAAAAUGAAGUUCUUUCUAGCUUUGAAAAUUUUACAAAAAAUUUUUACAACUAUUCUGAUUACUUGAUAGAAAAUGCUAAGCUGUCUUACUUAAAUAAGAAAACCAAAGAUUUGAAAUUCUUUGUCGAUAAAAUCUCAGGGAUGCAGCUGACCCACUUCCCACUGAAGUAUAAAAAUAAAUCCCUGCUGAGGGAUAACCUUAUACUGAGUAGAAUCGAAAAGAUAGACGUCCUCUUGACCCUAUAUGUCCUCUUCAACCAAACCGCAGGUUACCACAUAUCCUGUGGAAUUGCCUCCCCGAAGGAUGUUUGGGCGGGCGUUUACAGAAACAUAAACGAGUUGUAACUGCAGGUGUGCUUACAGUUGUGCUUGCAGUUGCAGUUGCAGAUUUACUGAAUCGCGGCUCCAUUUUGGUUGAACCGUUCCCGUGC